UUCAAAACUUUUGGAAACAUUCAGCCGAUUUUUUUUUUACAAUCCAUUGUCGUUCAAAAAAGAGAUUACAAAUUUUUCCUUCCAAAAAAAAAAAAUAUAUUCUUCUCCCUCUGUAUUCAAAUCCCUGAAUCUUCGCCUCAAACCCCAAGCCUCAGGAGCAAUCAAAUUCUCUUUUUUCUUCUUGUUCCAAUUCCCAAACACAAUGCCUGCGAUUCCAGAAGAGCCGUUCUAGCUCCAAACUCAGAUUGGUUCUACAUGUUCCCAAUCCAAUACCAAGAAACCUGGGAAAUGUAUAAAAAAGUCGAAGCAUCUUUCUGGACCGCCGAAGAGGUUGAUCUCCGCCACUGGAACUCCCUCAUCGACGGCGAGCGCCACUUCGUGACCCACGUCCUCGCCUUCAUCGCCGCCUCCGAUGGCAUCGUCCUCGAAAAUCUCGCCGGAAAGUUCAUGAAGGAAAUCCCAGUCGCCGAGGCACGUGCCUUAUACGUCUUUCAUAUCGCCAUCGAGAAUAUUCACACCGAGAUGUACAGUCUCCUUCUCGAAACCUACAUCAAAGACCCCACCGAGAAGAAUCGCUUGUUCCCCGCCAUUGAAACCGUUCCUUGUGUCGCGAAGAAGGCUGAGGUUAAUUUUGUCCGAAAAACUUUCUCAAAUAUUGCCACUUGGUGGGAAUCUGAAAAUACCACACAUUCAGUGCUAUUUUUAUAUGGGAUUUUUCUUCAAAAAUUAGAAUCACAGGAAUUUGAUUUUUCCAUAAAAAAUUUUAAAAUCUCUGAACUAAACGUGGAAAAAUAA